AUGCGACCAUUAACUGAUGAAGAAACUGAAAUUGUCUUUAAGAAACUUGCAAAGUAUAUUGGUGAGAACGUUAGAUUAUUAAUCGAAAGAGGUGAUUCAAAUUAUUGUUUUAGGUUGCAUAAGGAUCGCGUAUAUUAUUGUAGCGAAUCAUUAAUGAAGAAGGCGGCUUGUGUAGCUCGUGAACAGCUUUUGAGUUUUGGUACUUGUUUGGGGAAAUUUACGAAAACAAAGAAAUUCCAUAUACAUAUAACUGCACUGGACUAUAUUGCGCCUUAUGCCAAGUGUAAAGUUUGGUUGAAACCAAAUGCAGAACAACAGUUUCUUUAUGGCAACAAUGUGGUCAAAUCGGGUAUUGGACGAAUGACUGAUGGGGCAUUAUCACAUCAAGGUGUUGUUGUAUAUAAUAUGAACGAUUUACCUCUCGGAUUUGGGGUCACCGCAAAGGGAACAGCAGAAUGUAGAAAAGCUGAUCCAACAGCGAUUGUUGUAUUACACCAGUGCGACUUGGGCGAAUAUCUGCGUAAGGAAGCAUUUUUAACCUAA